AGAGGAAAGUUGAAAUUUACGACCUUACUCUUGACGCUGAACACAACUGUGCUACCGCUGCGCUCUCGUUUGUGGGUCUUGUAGUCCUUCCUGUUGCGCCUCUAACAAAGAGUUCGCCUUCAGAAACUACAAGAUCCAGAGUGAGGGACGGGCGGAAGGAGCGCCAUUAAACCAAACACUAGGCUCCUCUGUGAAGAUGUCUCAUGUUGUGAAGAAGAGAAAAUUAGAUAAAACGCACCAGGAUGCUCUUUAUUUUGACAGCUACACAGAUGUGACGAUACACGAAGAGAUGAUUGCGGACUACGUCCGAACCAACACGUACCGAACGGCUAUCAUGCGUAACAGCGAGCUAAUUCGGGGGAAAGUCGUCCUCGACGUAGGCGCAGGAACCGGCGUUUUAAGCGUGUUCUGUGCUCAGGCAGGAGCCAGGAAGGUGUUCGCGGUGGAGGCCUGCUCCAUCGCCGAGCAGGCGGUGAAUAUAGCCAUACAGAACAACCUACAGGACCGCAUAGAGGUGAUUCGCGGCACGGUGGAGACCGUGGACCUACCGGAGAAAGUGGAUGUGAUCGUGAGUGAGUGGAUGGGCUACGCGCUCCUGCACGAAUCCAUGCUCAACUCGGUGUUGUACGCCCGGGACAAGUGGCUGAAGCCGGGCGGCCUUAUUCUACCAAACAAAGCCGAGCUCUACAUCGCUCCGAUCAGCGACCCGAUGAUCGAGGACCGCCUCCGCUUCUGGUACACGGUCAAGGACCAGUACGGCGUGGACAUGUCCUGCAUGACCGAUUUCGCCCAGAGGUGCAUCAUGAACUCUGAGAUCACCGUGAACUUUGUAUCGGCCGAGGACGUCCUCUCCCAUCCGGCCCGUUUCGCAGAGCUGGACCUGCACUCGGUGACCGCGGAGGAUCUGCGCUCGGUCAAGGGUCAAUUCAAGUGUCAGGCGUUCGGUUCCGCGGCCGUGAGUGCGUUCUGCCUCUUCUUCACCGUGACGUUCCCGUGUCCGGACAAACCGAAGACCAUCGUCCUCUCCACGUCCCCUUUCCAGCCGGACACGCACUGGAAGCAGGCGAUGUUGUACCUGGACGCACGGGUGGAUGUGGAGCAGGACACGGUGGUUUCCGGUGAGGUCAACAUGUUUCCCUCGGAGGACAGCGCCAGACACAUAUGCAUCAGUGUGGACUACACCAUAGGGGACCAGGAAAAAGAGAAAAAAACUUUCUCCAUCCCUGAUUGGAGCUCCGGUCCUCAGUCCUAACACCAAGGACCAAAUAGUAGUAGUAGUACCGAGGAUUUGACCUUUUUUUUUUUUCUUUUUUUUUUUUUUGCAUCAUGCAGGGGUGUCAAUUUAAUUUUUAGCCUAAUUAAUUGCAUCUAUGAUUAAUUAGGCAGAGAGCAGAUUAGUAAGUAAGGAGUAAGAAAAGAGAGAGAGAAAAUUGCAGAGCAUGUGGAAAAAGUCUAAAACUACAAACUUUUUUUUUUUUUUUUUUUUUUUUUUUACAGCUCCUUAACCAAUCUGUCAUCUCUGAUGGUGUAUAUUGUUCAUUUUGGGUGACAUUUUUCAUUCUGAAAAUGAAAGACUUCCCUGAUGCUGCCGCAGUAUUAACAAACUUUGACUGCCGUCCAAUAUAUUUGAAGAAUCCGUUUGUUUUUUUAUAUAUAUAAAUACACAUUGCAUUUCAAAGACUCAGAACUCUCCGAAUGUGAAUAAUAUGGAUAUUAUUAUUAGUACUAUUAUUUUAUUGUUAAUAAUAAUAAUAAUCAUUAAAUAUUAUUUUGCCUACUCGAACCUCAUCAGCCAAAUGACCGCUCUACUCGCACUACUUCAAAAUAAAAGCAUACACGUAGCUUUUUGACAAGAAACGCUCGGUUAAAUCGUAGUUCUUUUCAUUUUAACAAGCAAAUUAUGUUUCCCUGAGAUAUAAUGUUCAUUUUGUCUUCGUCAAAGAUUUGAGUCCUGUUACAUU